AUGGCUCUAGAACUCGUAGAGCUGUGCGAGAAGUCUGAGGAGGAACCCUUGGCCAUGUCUUCCGCCGCGGCGUCUCCGGCCUGCGGAGAGCACCAUCACCAUGAUCACCACAUCCACGGUCCUCUUGAUCGCUCAAAGGCCUUGGGCAUUGGCAGCUUGAGUUUUGAGCCAAUCUUUAAUGAGAAGUACAAUGCCAACCGGGUGGCCAGGGAGACAAUGGGCUUCCUUUGCUUGCAGAGGCUUCUGCCCAUCCUGAUUGGAUUGCUGACUGCAGCAGCUGCCGUCGUCGUGGGCUACAUCAGCGAACUUCUUGGGGAUCUUCGGACUGAAAAGGUCAAUGGGCUCAUUGUGGAGCAUGGGAUGCUGGUGGCCUGGCUGGCAGAAUUUGCCAUGAUGAGCGGCCUGGCACUGGCUGGUGGCUUCCUAGUGUAUUGUGGGGACAUCUCUGGCACCAAAACCGCUGGGUCCUCCGGCAUUCCGCAGCUCAUCGGUCUGCUGAAUGGUUGUGAUUUGAAGGGCGAGUUCAGUCUGAGGCACGGCUUGGUGAAGUGGUUCGGCGUGUGUUUGGCCGUGGCCUCCGGUCUGGCCGUGGGCCCUGAAGGCCCCAUGAUCUUCAUCGGUGCCUCCAUCGGCUUCUUUUGCUCCAGGUUGCCUCAAAACCCCACGGUUUGGAGAGUCUUGGGCACUCCUCCAGCCACGGUGGGUGAUGAUGUGUACACCCGGGACUAUACCUCCAUCGGUGCUGCCUGCGGUAUCGCAGCCGCCUUCCGCGCGCCGAUCGCAGGGACCCUUUUUAUUGUGGAGGAGGCCUCCUCACACUUCAAGAAGGAUCAGAUGGCAAAUAUUUUCUACGGAGGCCUGGCUGCUGUGGAGGUGAUGUUGCUCGCUGGUGGAGCUGGAUCCAUCCUGGAGUACAAGGUGCAAGUGGGUCCAGGUUGCAGUGAAAUCCCUGAUUGGACCUUGGUCUUUUGCAUCGUCGUGGGCCUCCUGUGUGGACUCCUGGGCGCCGCCUUCAACGCCUUGAACAUCCAGGUAAUGGUGUGGAGAUCAAAGUAUUGCAAGCCGACGAUGCCCCACCGUCGUGCGUUGGAGCUGGUGAUCCUUUGUGCCCUGAGCUCCACCGGCUGGUUGGUGGCCGCGAGCUUCUUCGGAGAGCGCGAGGCGACUUCCUCAGCUUUGCUUCCACAAAGUAGUGGUUGUAUUAAGGACGAUCUCAAAAAUCAGCUCAUCACCGGUUCCCAAGUGGAAGCCUCCACGAAGGGUGGACCGGUCCAACGCCUUUUUCCUGCCCCGUGCUUGUAUGGCCUACAAUACAACACCGCAUGCCGUGAGGUCCAUCAACAAGCGGGAAGCAACAGUUAUGCAAAAAGAUGCGUGCAAGCUGUGAACACUUCAAGCAUGCGGGCACGUCCUGACUUCCAGGACUACUGCUGCAGCUUUAGCGAUCUGAACUCCUUGAUGAGUGGUGAUUAUCAGGUGCCAGGCAACGCCUCUUGUGCCAUGGAUUUGGGGAAGGCGGCGCCCAGCUUGACUGGAGGUGAUGGAGAGAGCUUCAACUCCGUUGGUUUGCUGAGUUUGGUGCCCUUUAAGACAGCUUGCCAAAAUCUCUUCGAACGUGGCAUCCCCCAUGCAGUCACCUUGGAGGCUAUGGGGGUCUUCCUCGUGAUUUUCUUUGUUUUGGCGGCGCUCACCGCCGGGUCAGCGAUCCCAUCGGGGCUGCUGAUGCCACAGAUGGUCAUCGGUGGCCUUAUAGGGCGGAUGCUGGCUUUGGCCACGCUGAAGCUGCAGAGCAGCCAGGGCCAAGGCUCGUUCUGGGCUGAGCCGUACCGAGUGUUGUUCGACGAAGGCUUGUUGCCGGGCGACUCGUCCAUGGUCUUCGGCACCUUGGGGCUCUUGGACCCGGGCAUCGGCGCCUUGAUCGGUGCCGCCGCCUUCCUGGGCGGCAGCGGCCGGGUCACGCUCUUCACCACGAUCAUGAUGGUGGAGAUCACAGGGGAUCCAGUGAUGAUUUUCCCUGUGGGCUUUGCGACCAUCUUUGCCGUGCUCAUGGGCAACAUGAUCAACCACGGCCUUUAUCACUCCCUCAUCGAUGUGCAGUCCACCCCAUACUUGCCAGACACAUGGCAAGCUGAUCAGCUACCUCCAGGAAUCCUGGUCCGAGAUAUGAGACCUCAAAACCCGCCCAUCAUGGUCUCCUUGAAGCGGGGGCGUGAGGGCAUCAAGAAAGCUCUCAAAGGAAAUGACUUCACGGGGUUCCCGCUGGUGGAUGAGAUCGAAGUGUUGAGGGAUGCAAAGCCAGACAACACCGAUGAUGACUUUGAUGGCAACCACGUGGUGGUCGUGGGCAUGUGUGACCGCAAGGACUUAGAGGAGCUACUGGAAUCGGAAGAUGAGAUCACGGCGGAAAGGUUGAAGCAGUGCUCCAACCUGUAUCCAGUCACGGUGCGAGACAACUUCCCUUUGCAAAGUGCCUACCAGCUCUUCAAGAGCAUGGACAUGAAGAACUUGGUCGUCGUGGACGAUAACCACCGACCCGUGGCGGUCAUGACACGCUUCGCCUUCCUGGCCUGGCGCGUCGCGGAGAGGCUGCCGGCAGACCGGCUCGAAGAACUUCAGAAGCGGGAGAGACAGAGGCAGGCGGAGGACGGUCGCUGGGCCUUUGGUGUUAGAGGAGCGGAUGUUCAGGGCAGGGAGACAGCCCCCAUCCGCAACGAGAAGGCGGGCACCUGGGUGUCCCACAUGGUGUUGCUCGCCCACAUGGCGAGAGGUCAUCCAACUCAUCCAAUCACCUUCGAAGGAUUGGCCAGGAUGUUGUCCACCGUGAAGCGCAACCAGAAGCCCACCAGCAGGAGAGCCAACAAGAUCUUCAAACACGGGCGCGGAAGGCUGGAGAGAAGCAUGAUGCAAGGGGUUCUGCGCUGGCGCAGUGGUGGAAAAGCUUGCAGAAUUUGCGUUCCCUCCCGUGGUUUACUCCUUCCGUGGUCCCAAUCGACCUCUUCUUUUUCCGACGAAUCUUUUCGAGGCUAUAUAGUCAACAUGGCGAUUCCCAAGGAGAAGUUCCCGUCAGCCGACGACUUCUCCGCAGACGAGUACGACGUGGACGGCUCCGGCGCCGUGGGCUGGUACGAGUUCGUGACGGUGUGGCGCAAGGCGGAUGUCUCGGUGAAGUUGUCCUUGCCGGAGCGCUUCUUUGUGCUCAUGGAGGAACCGACCAGCUCCUUCGCCGGGGUGGUCGUCAGCGCGGCGUUGAACGUCCUCAUUUUUCUUUCUUGCGUGGGAUUUAUGAUUGGCACCCUGCCCGACAUGAAGACGGCCCCCUGCGAACGGUGCGAACCGGAGCAGUUGAGGGAGCUGAAGGUCUUCGAGUCCAUUUGUGUGGGAGUCUUUGCCCUCGAGUACAUGGUGCGUGUGUGCACAGCUCCCUUCACACGAUCCGAGCUUUUGCACUACGAGGAAGUUUUGGAGUUUGUCACCGAUUACAAGAUGAGCUUUAAUCCUUCGCCGUGGUUACGCCUCACCUACUUCGUGAUCCAGCCCAUGAAUCUCAUUGAUCUUUUCGUCAUUAUACCUUUCAUCGUGGAGACCGCCUUACAAAGCGGUGGCUCCUCCAACUUCACCGUGCUCCGGGUCUUGCGCCUCACACGGCUUUUUCGACUGGUGAAGCUGGGGAAAUCCUUCGAAGUCUUGCAGAUCAUUGGCCGGGUCUUCCACAAGUCCAUCGCGAUGUUUUGGGUCUUCGCGGUGAAUUUCUCCCUGGCGAUGUGCUUUUCCGCUGCCACGAUUUACUUCGUGGAGGGUGGCGAAUGGGAUGAAGACGAGCUGAACUACAUGCGCGUCGGCCACGACGGGGUCCGAUCACCAUCACCGUUCCAGAGCAUCCCGCAUUCCUUUUGGUGGGUCAUCGUCACCUUUACCACUGUAGGCUACGGAGAUGUUGUGCCUGAAACCGUGCUGGGAAAGAUGAUUGGCGCUAGUAGCAUGAUCGUCGGCAUCAUGGUCCUGGCCUUGCCGAUCUCAGUGAUCUCGACCACCUUUGGGGAUGUGUGGCACGAGUGGAAGGAAGAGCUGCGAUUGGACGCCCAGUCAAGAGAGGAAGAUAUGAAGAGCGUGGAGCUGGCACUUCAGGUCAUUCAAAACCGCACCUUCAUGCAUGUCGAAGUCUAUGACCACUUCGAACGAUACACGCCUGAGUUGCUGGGGUCAUGUGAGUGGCGCUCCCUGCCCAUCGAUAAGCACGAGAAGGUGGAAUCUCCGGACGAAGCACACUUCUUGUCUUCGAACGAAGAGAAGCCGCUGGACAUCAAUUUGGGCAUGGUGGUGGUGGGAUACACUUGGACUCCAGCGGCCGGCUAUGACGAGAGUCGCUUCAAGGGCACCUUGCAGGUGAGAAUACGACGAGCAGAAGGACUUCCUCGGAGCGAAUGGAAGAAGGAAGGCAAGCGGAACGUCUACGCGAUCGUGCGAUGUUGGCCCAAGCCCCCACGGAGUGGAUGGAUGGGACAGAGCUUUGAGGAGCAUCACACUACUCAGAUUGUGGAUGGGACGUUGAACCCCGUUUGGGAUGAAUCCUUUGAGUUUGACUUCGAUUGGGCCCGCGAUUGGCGACCUCAAAAGGUGGCGGAUGUGGACACUCGCAGCCAGCGAGUGCAAGACAUUUCUUUGUCCCUCAGGAGGGGCAAUUCGGUGCACUCCAACAGCUCCAUGGUUCGCAAGUCUAAGUCACAGGUCCUGAACCCCACCAUCCGCCCCACGGUCGUUAUGGAGGACUCAGAUGAUGCGGAAGUCGCACAAAGUCGUCAGGUGCGGCGCCUGAAGGCCGAGGUGGGUUCGAUGUCUCGGAGCUUGCGGCGCUUAGAGACCCAGCUCUAUGACCUCCUGGACCCAGGCACUUCAACGCAGGCCACACUGAGACCACACAUGCUAGACUACCCGGCCAGCCCAAGUCAUGAUCAUCCGGCCAGCCCGAGCGCAUGGGCCGCCCGACCAGUGAGGCAACGGACAGGAGUUCGGGGCUCAUUGAUGAGAGCAUGCGAAGGUUGCAGACUACGAGAAGGCUGCCUCAUCCCAGGAAUCUGCCAGGAUGUCCCCCAGAUGCAGAUCUCCAGUGACACGCGCGGUGUCAACCUGACAGUUUUGCGUGCUUCCUUCCUGGCAUCACGCGCGCACCUGCAAACGACGGAGAUUUGGAGGUUGGGCCAGUGGGUGUCACAGAUGCGCUCCGAGCAGGGCAGGCAUGCCUCAGAGCUCAACGACAACUUGCGGGCGGAGCAACGCCGCUGGCGCCAAUGCAUAUCCGACGCGCAAACUCAGCAAUCGGAGCAACAACAUUUGCUGGACACGCUGGAAUCGCGCCUGGAUAAUGCUUUGGAGGCGCUGAGCUUUGAAUACCAGAGCUUGCGCGCUGCCUUGCCGCAGCCCAAUGCCCAGGCAUGUGUUUCAGUCUCUGCAGGUGCCGGAGGCCGGCGCUCCGGGGUGCAAUCUCAACACCAGCAUUGCCGCGCGCACCAUCGCUUGGAUCGCGAUGACCAUCAUGAGCGGCCUCACCAUCGCCAAGAGGGCUGCGAGGGUCAGCAUCAUCAUCACCACCGCUCUCAAGAGCAUGGAUGUCCUCAUGGUGUUGAGCAGCCAGGACAGGCUCUACCGGCUGCCCAUUCAGAGAGCUCGCAUCAGCAGGCUGGACAUCAACACCAUCGCUCGGAUCCUCAAGGCUCUCAAGCACAUGGAUGUCCUCAUGGUGUUGAGCAGCCAGGACAGGCUCUACCGGCUGCCCAUUCAGAGAGCUCGCAUCAGAAGCACGGACAUCAACACCAUCGCUCUCAAGCACAUGGAUCUCCUGCUGGUGAUGAGCAGCCAGGACAGGCGGAAGGGCCACUGGCUGCCCAUUCAGAGAGCUCGCAUCAGACAGAGGGGCUUGGUCUUUGGAAUGGUCACAGGAUAUUGAAGGUGACCACUUGGACCCGUCCUCAUGAUGUUGAGCAGCCAGGGAUUGCCCCAAACCUACCAGCUGCCCAUUCAGAGGGCCCACAUCAGCAGUAUGGCCAUCAACACCGCUCUCAGGCGCACCCAUGUCACGGCGUUGAACAGCCAGGGCCUGUGGCAGCCUACCCAGCGAACUCCCAGACAUCUCCAAGAGUCCAAGAGGAGCAGGGGGCGCAGGGGUUUCACCACCCCAACCCAGACCUGGUGAGACGUUUGGAGGCCUUGGAGGGCCGGUUCCGCCAGAACGAGGAGACGCAGGCACGGCACGCGUCGCUCCCUAUCCAGACAGAGGCGCCUCCGAGUGUCGCGGCGCCACUCACCCAGCCAGUGGUGACGGUCACCCCGCCGGAGGUUCCUAGGAUCGACCCCACUGCAAACCACACAACGCCACCAAGCGCCACGCUGCCAAGCGCAACGCCGCCAAGUGCCACGCUGCCAAGCCCUACGCUGCCAAGCCCUAUGCAGGGCACCAGCCUGGGCGGGCUGGGCUUGACUCCACCGGCAGGUCUCACGGUGGAGCCCAUGAGGUUGAAUUCCACCUUGCCCUCUGUGGGUCUUCCUGGACGUGUGAGUGAGGCAGUGCCGCUCACCAGCGAGAACUGGAAGGCCUCUCGAGCCUCCUUGGCCGCGACGCCUGGUAACGGGCCCGGAGUGUCCAAGCUGAUCUCACCUCCAAGGAGUCCAAGAGGGGCGAGCCCCACCCAUGGCGGUGCGCAAACCCCACCCAUGCCGGCUGCAUGGCCCACAGUACCUGUAUCGCCUGACAGCCCAACGCUUCCGUGGUCGCCCAUCACAGGGUUGUUGACACCAGCAAUGGUCCCGCAGCCAUGCCGAGAUCAAAGUCCUCCCAGUCCCAGCGGACAGAGCGAGGUGCCAACGCAACCCUUUGGUCACUGUCCGGGGACCUUCGGCCUGCGCCUGCCAGCACCUCCAGGUACCCUGGGCCGAGAGUGUUUUGCCUGA